UGCGCGUUGUAUCAGCGAGUGGAAAUUUAUCGUUUUUCCUGAAAAAGUAUUGGAGUUUUCACGAUAAUUGAAGGAAAAUUAGUAAAAUGCCACCGAAGAAGCGUCCACCAUUCUUCCACUUCAUGCUGGAAGUGCAGAAGGCGCACGAAAAGGCUGGACAGCACUACGCCAUGAGUGAAAUGCCCGCCAUUGCGUCGCCCCUCUGGGAGCGUAUGACCAAGGAGGAGAGAGCAAAGUACGAGAGGAUGUCCAAGGAGUCCUCUGGACAGCCUACCAGCAGCCAUAUCAAUGCAGGAAGCAUUAAGACAUGUCAUGGUAUUGAUCACGCGGAAGUGGAGCGGGAGCAGCGUCAGGCAGCAAACCAGGAGAAGAAGAUGAAGGAUGAUGUCCGGGACAUCAUAAACAGAGCAAUAUUGGCUCAGGAUCUGGGACAGAAGACUUUCUUUGUGAUCCACAUCAAUUACUUCUGCGAAUCAAUGGAUCCCGAUGGAGCUCGCCGGUAUGAUGCAGCCGAGCUGGCGAUUCUCGACUUUUCACUGCAAGACGGGAUAAAGCGUGGCAUGCACACAUUCAUGAAGCUCCAUACGCUUCCCUAUGGGUAUGGCUUUGAGGCAUCGCGCUACUCAAAGGAAACUCACCAACUACCACUGCCUCCGGACACAAUUGGCAAUACCACCAUCCGGGAAGCUUUGCAGGAAGUUCUUCGUUUUAUUGGCCACGAAGAGGGUGUCUGGCCGCCAAUUUUUACAUCCGACACUGACAUUCCCGUCGUCCAGAGUAUCUUCCGGGAAGUUCUCAGUCAGGUGGCUGGGGUAAAUGUCAACGACGUGCGCAUCUACUCGCUGUCCCAGCUGCUGUUCCACAUGAAGAAUGCCACCCACAGCCAGGCAACCAAAGUGAACACUGAACAGCCCUUUGCAUCGAUCUUCCUGGCUGAGAGCUACCUCAAGCGUGAGACUUUCGACUACUCCGAGGGAUUGCCGUGUGAGUACCACGUGGAUAUCGACAGGGUGACCCACUGCUCCCAGACGAAGGUCAAAGGAUGGGCAUACUCCAUCAUCCACACAUGUGCUCCGGAUCUGGACAUUGAAUUCGUGGAGGGAAAGCACGAGCCAAUGAUGACUUUGGCUGUGCCACAACUGAAAUUUCCGGACGAUGAAUCCUUCUCGUCCUUCUUCACAGCUUCGAACGUCACGCCAAGAGCCAUCCCCGUGAGCCACACACCGAGCGUAAAUCGCCACAAUGACUCCAACUUGGCCCAGUUCCCGGUAGCCUACAUGUCCACCUACGCCGAGAACACCGAAGACGUCUCCAUGGCAAAUACAGAUGAAUUCCCACUAAUGCGUGAAUUCAAGCGUGGAAAGGGACGUGGGAACCUCCUUUAGACAUCCUCAACAUAUCCUUUCGUUUCAAUUUAUUCAAGUUUUUCCUAAUUAUUUGUUACAGAUGUCCCAGAAAUCGUGUUUUGAAGUUUUUCAAGAAUUUCUUUUUAUUAUUAAGACAAUUUGAAUUAUCUUUAUUAAAAUGUUAAAUAUCCUUCAACAAGAGAUGAAUUAUC